GUAAUUGAAACCAACCCUAAGCUCCUUGUGUCUACGCUUUAAAGGUAGCCCCGAUUAUUGCUGACUUAAGCAUCGGAGUGUCUACCCCGAGGAUCCACCUCGGGGCCUUGCAGGUUAAUCCAGAGUGCAGAUACGGACUGAAGAAGGACAUCUGGUUUGGUGCAGUUACAUUUUGGCGCCGUCUGUGGGAAACUGAACUAAAGGCUCCUUUGUUGCUCUUAUCAUGGUUAAAACUAGGUCAGCCCGAGGGGGAAACUCGUCUCAGCCUCUUGGACGAGGUCAGGUCCCCAGCAACCUUCCACCUCAUCCCUCACCCCCAAUCCCAAAUACAUUCCCUCCUGUUGAUCAUGCAGAAGGAGAAGACGAAAAUCAACCACACAAUUCGGUUAGCAACUCAGCCUCUACUGCUAACCAAGACGUAGUUGCAACUCAGUUCGCUGCCAUGCAACAGCAGUUUGGUGUCUUUCAGCAAGUGCUGGCUCAGUUGUUAGCCCGGAACAAUCCUGGUGAUCCACUCAUCAAUCUACUUAAUCCUGCCCCACCACAACCCCCAGCCCCACCACAAAAUCCUGAACCAGUUCAACAUGCUCCCGCUGUUAGUGAAUCUCAAGGCCAAUCUCACAUUGCACCAGUUCAGCAACCUCCUCAUGAUGAUGUCACUCGACGUCUAGAUAGCUUAGAAAGGCUAGUGGUUGAACAACGAGGUGCCCCACCUCCAUACCCUGCUGUUGACUCCGUACCCCACCCUCUCAACACCAAUAUUGUACUGGAACCCUAUCCCACUGGCUUUAGAAUACCACAACUUGAAACUUAUGAUGGGACGAAGGACCCCGAUGAUCAUCUACAUGCUUUCUACUGUUGCAUGCAGGCCCAGAACGCCUCUGACGCGUUAAUGUGCAAAAUCUUUCCCUCUACUCUUCGAGGUAAUGCUCGAACCUGGUACUACAGUCUGCCUCCGAGGUCAAUCAACUCUUACACAGAACUGGCAUCUGCUUUUGCCACAAAGUUUUCCAGUAGAAGAUUGAUCAGGAAAACCACUUCUGAACUUAUGCGAGUUAAGCAGAGGGAUGGAGAAUCUUUGAAGAAUUUUAUGAGCAGAUUCAAUGAUGCAGUGCUAGAGGUUAACUCUUUCGACCAAGCAGUGGGAAUUACAGCUGUGAUCUCGGGUCUCGGCCAUGAAAGAUUCAGAGAUAGUCUGCUUAAACAUCCUGCCACCACAUUCAGUGAGAUUAAGAAUAAGAUGGACUUAAGACGUCCGGGUCCAAUGAGAACUGCCGCUGCUACCAGAGACUAUACAAGGUAUUGUGAUUUUCAUCAAGAUCACGGUCAUACAACAGAGCAAUGCAAUAGUUUGAGGUCCGAACUGGAAAGCCUGGCGCAAAAAGGAAUGCUAAAUGAGUACAUCCAGAAAGUUGAACAGCCACGAUUUGUUAGGGAACAAGGGACACAGCAUCAAGGAGUCCGCAAUCCCCCAAACAGGCAAGGUGUGGGAUAUCAGCAGGCCCCACCACCACUCCCACCACCAGCUAGAGUAAUACACAUGAUUAAGGAAGGUCUGGAAGCCGGUGGACUGAGAUCUAAGCAGCGAAAGCUGUAUGUCAGAGAGGUUAAGCACCAGAACCGAGCUCAGAAGCGAAAAUUUGACGAUGCUGAGUGGAAGAAUCAACCCAUCACUUUCACAUCUGCUGAUCUCGAAACAGUUGUCACCCCUCACAAUGAUCCUCUAGUCACUUCCGUCACGAUCAACAAUUGUGAAGUGCAGCGCGUCCUUGUUGACACCGAGAAUGCACCAGACAUCAUGUACUUCCAUUGUUUUGAGAGUCUUGGGAUAGAUCCAGCUCUGUUGCAGCGGUAUGAUGGUCCCAUCUACGGGUUCAACAACCAACCAGUUCCAAUUGAAGGAGUCCUCACAAUGAAUGUUGCAUUUGGAAGUGGCCGGAGUUAUGUGACCCCUUCAGUCAGGUUUUUGGUAGUCAAGAUGGCGUCCUCAUUCAAUGUCGUCAUUGGUCGACCCACACUGACUGAAAUUCGAGCUGUGGUUUCCCAAUCUCAUCUAUGCAUGAAGUUCCCAACUCCUACGGGAAUAGCAACACUGCGAGGCAACCAGGAGGUGGCCCGACAUUGCUAUAUCACCUCGAUAACACAACCUCAGAAGGGCAAGACUCAGACACCCGAGGUUGAUCCCAACGGAUUCUUGAUGAUCGGCAAGUUAUGGGUGUUGAGAUAGUAGAUAACCGACCAGAAGAUGAAACCAGAGCUGCUCCAGUUGAAGAUGUAGAAGAGGUACAGAUUGAUGACAAAGAUCCGAGCCGGAAAACACAAAUUGGGACUAAAUUGAACCCGGGGGAAAGAGCAGAGCUAAUAGCUUUUCUUCGGGCCAAUAAAGAUGUUUUUGCAUG